GGCCGACCACGUUGCUGCGCGCCUGCCCUGCUGGGAGCAGAGAGGGCCGGGCCUGCAGCGAGCGCCAUGGCCGCGGCGGCAGCAGGAGCAGCAAGAGGAGGGCGAGGAAAAGGCGCUUCGGCGGGCGAGCGGGAGCAGGCGGCGGCCUUCGAGAGCCCCAUCUACGUGACAGGAAGCCCCUGUGCCUUUUCUCCCCACGAGCGGCGCUUGCUGGCUCUCUCUGGGCCCGACGGGAGGCUUCGCGUGUGGGAGACGGCCAGUAGCCGCCUCCAUCACGAGUACGUGCCCUCUGCCCAUCUCAGCGCCGCUUGUACCUGCCUGGCCUGGGCACCGCCGGCCGUCGGAGGAGGCCGACCGCCUCCCAGCAAGGAAGGUCCUCAAAGGAAGAAGAGGAAAUCUGAAGUUGUAGAAGCAGCUGAACAGUUAGAUCUUUUGGCUAUUGGUACUGCUGUUGGUGGCAUUUUAUUAUACAGCACAGUUAAAGGAGAAUUACAGAAUAAACUAAAUGGGCAUGACAAUAAAAUAAACUGCAUACGGUGGCAUCAGGACAAUGGUUGUUUAUAUAGCUGUUCAGAUGACAAACAUAUUGCGGAAUGGGACGUGCAGACAUGUAAAGUAAAAUGUAAAUGGAAAGCAGAUAACAGCAGUGUGAGCUCAUUGUGCAUCAGUCCGGAUGGAAAAGUACUACUUUCAGCAGGUCGAACUAUCAAACUGUGGGACUUGGAGACCAAAGAAGUCUAUAGACAUUUCACAGGACAUGCUACAGCAGUCUCAAUGCUUAGGUUCAUCACAAUGUGGCCUCCAGCUGAAAAUCAACCUUUUGAUGGAAUUACAGGCCUCUAUUUCUUAUCUGGAGCAAUGCAUGACCGGUUACUCAGUGUGUGGCAGGUGAGAUCAGACAGGAAAGAAAAGAACGCUGUGAUGAGUUUCACAGUAACAGAUGAGCCAAUCCAUAUUGACUUGACAAUAUCAGAAAGCAAAGAACAGCCAGUGAAGAUAGCAGUGGUAUGCAGGGAUGGACAACUGCAUUUAUUUGAGCAAGUUUUGAAUGGCUAUUGCAAAAAGCCCCUGACAUCCAAAUGUACAGUCCAGAUAGCAACACCUGGAGAAGAAAAUGAUUCCACACCAAAGCCAGUUCCUAUCUUAGCAGCUGCAUUUUGUUCAGAUAAGGAGUCAUUGCUACUUGUGUAUGGGAAUUCCUUACAUCCUGUUAUUGAGAAAGUGACUUUGAAUACUAUGGAAAGACACAUCUGCUUUGUAAGGGACAUUCAGAAGACUCUGACUCUGAAAACAGAAAUGGCUGUAACAAAGGUGAAAACUCCUGUAAUCAACUCAGAGGUCAAAACAUUAGUGCCUGGGAUUCCUGGUCAUAGUUCAACUGUGAAAUCUUCAGUAUGCAGGGAUAAAAAUAAAAGGAAGUCAGAUGGCAAAGAGGAGAGUAUUGAAGAUCGCCUUAGCGCUAUGGAUAUUGAUGUGAUGAAAAUAAAACAGCCAUCCGGAAGCCUUCCACAAACUGAUAAUUUUGCAGUGCUUUUGGUUCAGGGUUUGGAAAGCAGUGAUCCUGUGAUUUUAAAUAAAGUGCUUCAAACCAGGAAGGAAGCAGUAAUAAAGAAAACAGUAGCCAGAAUUCCUGUAUAUUCUGUUAUUCCACUACUGCAUGAGCUAACAAAAAGGCUACAAGGGCAUCCAUACAAUGCUUCACAAAUGGUUCGAUGGUUAAAACCUGUUCUAACUAUGCAUGCCUCCUACCUUUCAACGUUGCCAGAUCUAGCCUCCCAGCUUGGAACAUUAUAUGAGUUAAUGGAAAGCAGAGUAAAAACUUUGCAAAAGCUAUCUCGCUUGCAUGGAAAACUGUAUCUUAUUAUCACUCAAGUGGCUGCAUUAGAACAGGUUCAGGAUGUGCCUGAUAUUGAUCAGACUGCAAAACUAGUAUAUGAAGAAGAAUCAUCAGACGAUGGUUCAGAUGACGAAAUGGCUGCAGAGAGAGAUUCAGAUGAAAAUUGGGAUGAAGAUGAAGAGAAAGAAGAUGAGGAAAACAAUGAGAGGGAUGAACAGUCGGACGAUGAGCAGGAAAUGACAAUAGAAAAAGAAAUCAACGGAGAUUCAGAUUUGGAUCCAGACAAUGACAGUACAAUGGUAUACCGUACAAUACAAUAGCAGAGUUGGAAGGGACCUUGGAAGUCUUCUAGUACAACCCCCUGCGUAGGCAGGAAACCUAUACUGUUUCAAACAAAUGGCUAUCCAACAUCUUCUUGAGGACUUCCAGUGUUGGGGCAUUCACAACUUCUGGAUGCAAGCUGUUCCACUGAUUAGUGAAGAAGAAUAGCAUACUGUUUAAAGAAAGAAAACUUGUUGGGAGCUGGCUACCAAAAUGUGUCACUUCUGGAUUGCCAUGCGGGAAGCCACUUGGAUUCAUACAAGGAGUGCACACUUGAUUCCUAAUAUAUCUGAUGGCUUAUUGGAAAACUCUUUGUUUCCAAAUCUGGAGAGCACGAUGCCAUGGUUCUUCAGUUCUAUAUUUCUAGGGAUCACAGUGAAACAACUUUCUUCCAUAUAGCAAGCAAAUUAUUAUUUUUAUUUGGAUAUUUCUUUUACAGCUCAAGUCUAAUAGCUUAUCGAUCCCCAUUGGGUGAUGACCCUAUUGCCGCUUGUUUUAAGUUCUGAUGGAUUGAAGACCACUCUUUAUCUUCUUACCCUGCUUUAGUUAAAUACUUUCUUAGUUGGCAUCUUAUUACAAUUUUUUGGAAGAAACUAAAUAUUUUUGUAAGACUCAAAAACAUUACUUUGAAUUUCUUGGUAGUUCUUCCUCUUUCCUCCACAACAACAUCCAUUCUCGCAUAAGAGAAUUAUUCAUACCUUGGCAAUGAUACAUUGCAAACCAGGUUUUCAGACUAAACUGACUUUUUUAUAUAUUUGUGUGUAAAUCAGUCAUUUUUCAUGUACUUAAAAAAAGGACUUGUGUUUAAUCCUAACGUUUUUGGUUUUUUUGCGCUUGUAUAUAAAUUUAUUUGCUGACCCAGGGAGAGUUCUUUGGAGGCAGAAAAAUAAUGAAAAUUGGGAGGGCAGAGACUUGUGAAUAACGUUACACAAAACUUAUACAUUUAUUUUGAAUUUUUAAUCUUGGGAAGAAUGGGGUUGCUAUUAGCUCAAUUAAGCUGAAUAUAAACAAUUGGGUAAAGUUUUUGAGCCAUUCAUCUAUAAUGUACAGUUUAAUUUGUUGGAGCUGUUGCAACUUAAUGCUGCUCUCCUUUGUAAAGUGAAUAAAUAUACCUUGUCUUAUGAA